AUUUGAGGUUCACCGAAUCUUCCACUCGUGUCGGAGCAGUGAACAGUUUGGACUUGGGAACACUCUAUUUUUCUCGGUGUUCCUAUUGCAAUGCAAAGAAACAUACUUCAUACUCGGGAAAAAUAUACAUACGAACAUGUCCGAAUGCCGUCACAGAAUGAAAUGACGUCCACAACGUUCUUGCGUUUUAAUGCCAUGAUCAGAUUAAACGCAUGUUUUCCAUGAUUUUCUGUUUAUACACAUUUCACCAGAGCCAAAUUUUAAAACAUAUUCAGAUGGCAUUGCUGCGAAAACUUCUUGGGCGAAAGCAACAUUCUUUGGACAAUUCAAAAAACGUUUUGCAAAAGCAUGAAGAGGAAAAGGCAGUUGUAACAAACACGAUUGAUAAUACGCCAAAUGAGAUUAAUGAAUCCACCACAAGUGUUUCAAUUCAAAGUGAAAAGAAGCAGCACAGAAGAAACGCGACACAACGUAGGCAUAAAAAAUUAACGACGGAAUUUAUUCCUUUUCUUAUCAAGGAUGCUGAAGUCAGCUUGGAAGGUUUUCCUCAAGAAAACCCUGACGAAGUCUCAAAAGACACAUGCGAAUAUGAUAGUGAUGACGAAGACGUUACUUCUAGUAGCGAAUUCGAAGAGUUCUUAGUCCGGAACAGACAUAAAUGGAUGGAAGCAAAACUUAGACGCCUCAGACGACAGCGUGACAAGCUGAGGCGUCGUCAGGACGAAGUAAUUCUCCUGGAGAAAGAGGUCAAAGAGGUCGUAACUAUGGUAAACAGAACGCGCCAACAGACAAGUGCUCUUAAUGAAGAGGUCAUGGAUAAGAAAUGUGAACUAAAAUUUCUCGCCUCGCAAGUACCCGAAAACUACGAAACCGAAGUGAAGAAGAAGGAACCAUGUCUGUACAAGAGAUAUACUGCAGCCAAGACGGUUGCAGACGCCCAAGCGAUUUUAAACUCCGUCCGAGAAAAGAUUGAGGCUCUGAACUAUUUCGAGUUAUUGGCAUAUAACAGGGUACUCGAGCACCAACAUGGCCUGAAGCGGGACAAUGUCAAGAACGCGUACACGCGCGCAAGGAAGAAAAACCGUCACUUUGACCUCCUGAAUGACGUCAUGAAAUAUCCUACGUCACGUCCGAAUUCGCCCAGAAAGAGGACUGCUCCUACGCCCGUUGAAGAUGAUGCCGACGAAAACAACAAUGAAGAAGAAAACCAGCCACUCAUUACCAUGGUGACCAUCGAGACGUCACCGAUUACGCCAUCAACACCGGAAAUGAUACAAUCUGCACAAACCACGCCCCAAGCACUAUUGCAACCAAGAACCCUGGUCGGGCAAUUCCCUCUGCCUUUAGAAUCCUUUAUAUAAGCAAAACCUAAAAAUCUUUUAACAAUUUCUAAAAAAAAGUUUGUUUGUAUUUUAAUUAAAUCUUGUAGUUUUUUAAAAGCAUUUUACUGUAUAGUUUUUAAAUCUUGUCGUAUUGUGGGGUCAACAUAGGAUUUUCUUAGAAGAAAUCGUCGCUCUAUAAAGAUCUAUUAUUAUGUUAAUAAAAUUAUUCCCAAUUUAAGUCAGCUCGAACGCAUAAUUUGUUUAUAAUAUAAUAAUUGGAUUUUGAACAAUAGAACAUAUAUAAAAAGAACGUUUCCUAAUUCUUAAGAACAUCCUGGCACUUGUGACAAUACCGUACAUUCUUCAAAGAAAAUACAUAUUUACUGAGGCGUUUGUAUGCUUGUUGACUGGGUGCUUGUUUUGAAUAUUAGCAACGGGGAAUAUUAAUUGUUUAAAUAAAAAAUACAAAGGCAUCUUCUAACGCAUAGAAUUUGCAGGUCUUAAGAAAAUGUAUACCAAUAUGUUUACCAUACAAUUUAUUAAACAAUGCAUUUGC